GUGGUGCUCUACCAGUACGAGGUGUGCCCCUUCUGCUGCAAGGUCAAGGCAUUCCUGGACUAUUACAAGAUACCGUACCGCUGCGUGGAGGUCAACCCCCUCACCAAGGCCGAGAUCAAGUGGAGCGACUACAAAAAGGUGCCAGUGGUGGUGGUGGACGGCGAGCAGCUCAACGACAGCUCAGCAAUCAUCAGCCGGCUGGCGGCAGAGGUGCGGGCCACGCAGGCCGCCGGCGGCAAGCAGCCAUCCGGCAGCGGCGGCAGCGGCAGCAGCGGCGCGCCGGCCAAGAAGGGCUGGCUGGGCGGCUUGUUUGGCGGCGGCGGCGGCGGCAGCGCGGGUGGCGGCGGCGGGGCGCCCAUGCCCGCCACCGCUGCAGAGGAGGAGAUGUGGCGGCGCUGGGUGGACGACUGGCUUGUCAAGGUCAUCACCGUCAACAUCUACCGCAACAUGCACGAGUCCUUCCAGACCUUUGAAUACAUAUCAGAGGCGGGCAACUUUGGAUGGGUGUCGCGGGAGGCGGCGCGCGUGGUGGGCGCCACUCUGAUGUGGGGCAUCAGCGGGAAGCUGAGGAAGAAGUACGGGGUGGAGGGGGAUGUGCGGGAGCAGCUGUACAAGUCUGCUGACGACUGGGUGGGCGCGGUGGGCGGGCGCGCCUUCCUGGGCGGCGACGCGCCCGACCUGGCUGACCUGGCGGUGUUUGGCGUCAUACGCGCCGUGGUGGGUACAGACACGUUCAACGACCUCAUGCAGAACUCCCAGAUUGGCGGCUGGUACAGCCGAAUG